CGGUCGGUAUAAAUUGGAAACGAUGAGGUCCAAUUUUCGUGGAUGCACAAAGAUGAUCGCCGAUUACGACGACGUGGAGGACUCGCACUUUUGCCUGAAGUGCCAUCAGACCAUCACCGGCUUGGACAACUACGUGACCCAUCGCAAGAACAACUGCGUCAAAUCGGAACCCGAUCCUCCAAAGUCACCCCCAUCCAGCGAACUCCUCCCGCAAGAUUAUGCCUUCAGUCUGAAAGCCGACGACUUCUUCUCCAGCCUCGAGUUGCAGAGUAGCAGCAAGAAGACGGUCGCCCCAUCGACGAGUGGUAAAACCUUCACCGGCAUUCUGACGCGCAGCAAGACUUCAGCGGUAAUUCAGGAAAAGGAGCAAUCAAAAUCUGGGAAGAACGCUUGGAUAGGAGGACAUCAGUUGAAGGAGUUGGGUACCGGUGAUAACCACACUAAGCUAAUAAAAGCAGUUGAUAAUUUAAGCAGAAACGCUUCAAUUAAAAAAGAAGAUGUAAGCAAUGCGGUUUAUACCGAUGAAGCCAGUGAAGACACGAAUUACGAAGACGACGAUUUCGAUGAUGAAUACAUUCCCAGCGGUGGUAAGUGGGCGCCGCAGUACACGGAACCGGCACCUAGUUACACCGGUGGUAAAUGGAAGCCGAAGAGGAUGAGUCUGAUACCACCGCAGAGUCACACCAAGGGCAAAUGGAAACCGGAAAUCCCGGAAGCACCGAAUCCACCCAGCAAGUCGAAGAUCAAAAUCUCGAGUCAGUCGAAGAAGUCGGGAAAGGAUUUCUGGUGUGUACCGUGCAAUCGAAAAUUGGCCUCGAAAGUGGUUUAUGACCGGCACCUGAAGUCCGAGCUGCAUUUAAAGCGGACGCUGCAAGAGUUCGACGACUCGCCGCAUUUGAAUACAAAACCCGAUAAAGAAACGAAAGCGAAACCCGUUGAAUAUUGGCCGCAUGCCGUCGGAGAAGACAAUGAGGACACUAUGAAAAAUGCCGUCGAGCCGAAGGGCGGUCAGAAGAGGAAGAGGGCGGCAAGGAGGAUUUAUGUGAAAUGCUCGGUAUGCAAGAGUCGCGUUACCACUCACUUGAUGGGCAAGCACCUGAUCUCGCAUUACCAUUGCCGCAAAGGCGACAUCAACACGCCGGAAGCCCACGCCAUGGUCCUCGACAACAUGCACAAAAUCGUACUGCAUUCACCCUACCAAUGCGGCACCUGCAAAUUCUACUUCAACACCCACCUCCAAUUCUUGCAGCACUGGAACUCCGCCGACCACAAAAGCACCAUGGACAAAACUCCCGGCUACAUCCUAUGCUCUUUCUGCAAGUUCUCAUGCGAAGACAACGACACGAUGUUCUCGCAUCUUAUAUCCAUCGAGCACAAAGAGGUCAUCUCUGUUAUUAACCGCUCUGUGCCAAUCGUUAUUAAAAAAAUUAGACCUCUGAAAUGCUCCACUUGCUCCGAAGAGUUCAUGCUAAACAUCCAAUUGAGGAUCCAUUGUAAAACCGAAGACCAUCAAUAUUCGAGCACCUCUACCAACGAAUAUCAGAUGAAGGAAAUUUGUGAACACUGCAACCUGACAUUUAAAUCUCUAAAAACCUUGCAAGUCCACAUAUCUAAUAACCACCAAAUCAAGAAUUUUUACUGCUCAAUAUGUUCCUUGCAAUUCGAUUCGUUGGAAGAGAGUGUCUCGCAUAGGAAGAGCCCAGAACACAGAUGCAAAGCCCAGAACAAACCGGAACCAAUACACAAGUGCGAAUACUGCUCUUUGAUUCUUCAAACCUUCGUAGCAUUGAAAGACCACUUAAGAGAAGCUCAUCCUGAACGCUUACCAUCUUGCGUCCAAUGCGGCGAAAAGUUUUCGGUGCCUCAAGAGCUCACCGUACACAUCCGUUCGAAGCUCUGCAAAUUCACCAUCAUCGAUAACCCGUUCAAAUGCAACAAGUGCCCAUACAGCACCAAAUCCAAUUCGGAACUGCUAUACCAUCAAGCUUUGCACACCGAAGGCAUUCCGCAGACGGACAGCAAUUCGAAAACCACAUACCAUUACAAAUGUCCCCUGUGCACAUUUACCUAUCCAAAGUCCUCUCUACGUUAUCACAUCCAGAACCACACCAACGAGAAGUCGUACAGGUGCGACGUUUGCGGCGCCAAAUUCGCACGUAAGAGCCAUUGGAAAGCCCAUCUGAAGAUCCACGAGGAUCCGAAGCGAGAGUACAGAUCACCCACGGAUGGAAGGACGAGGGAACACAGCUACCUGUGCGCCAUUUGCGGCGUCCACUUCAACAAAAACUCGACGUUGCAAAAGCAUAUGCUGGUGCAUACUGGAAAGACGGUCAGGUGUCCGGUGGAGACUUGCGUCCAUUUUGCGAGGAGCGAAGCGGACCUGAAGAGCCACAUGACGACGCAUUCGGACGAGAGGAACUAUCCUUGCGAUCUGUGCCAGUACCGAGGCAAGAGUGUCCAGCAGCUGAAACGCCAUAAGACGAUGCACGAGGAUGGAAAGAAGUUCAAAUGUCAGCACUGUUCGUUCACGACUCGGCUCCAAUUCCAUUUGGUUCGGCACGAGCGAAUCCACACCGGUUCGAAGCCGUUCGUCUGUCCUCAUUGCGAUUACCGAUCCAACAAUUUGGAGAAUCUACGAAAGCACGUCAUGGCCACGAACAAGCAUCCGGGACGAUGCAUGUACGAGUGCAAGUUCUGCGAAGGAAGCAAACAUUACAAGACGAAUUUAGCUAGGGACUUCAAGGUUCAUCUGAUGAUGGUGCACGGAGAUGAUUUUCCCACGCAGAACGAUGCGAGUAAUUAUAUAACAGGGAUCUGUCACGGCGUGGAGUCGGUGCGUCCGAAGGAGAAGACCGACGAAGACGUUGAUGAUGACCUGGAGGAGAUCAAGAUCGAAGUCGUUCCGAAGGUUGAGGUCAAGCAGCACGGCAGCACCAUGUUCCCCGUGUUUAUCGUCUCCAAAGAGGAGGGUGCAGUCGUGGAGAGGAGCACAUGGACUUUUGAAGCCGAAGAAAACAGCAACCUCGACACGUUCAACGACGAGAACGCCAGUUUGUUUCAAGAGCAUUUCCAAUAAUUAUUAACAAAUUUAUAUAUUUUUAUAUAACAAUAUUCGUUGACAAU